AUGCACGGGGUGAUCCCCGGCAAAACCAGUGCACAGUUCCCAGACAGUACGGCGCCAUCACAACAGCCGAUUGUCGUAAUCAAGCUAGCCAUGCGCAGUAAUCACCCACUGGGGGUUUUGCACCGACACAUGCGAGUAGUUGGCAAGAUGUUCGAUCGAAUGAUUGACGAACUCGACAACAACAGUGACCACUUCGAGUAUCUUGGCUCAAACAGAUACCUAGCAAAUGAGCGUGCCACAUCAAACGAGAUAAUGAUACUCGCAUACUUUCGCUCAUACGAAGGUCUUCAUAAGUUCUCGCACGCGCCUGAUGGCGCGCAUCGCGAGGCAUGGGACUACUGGAACAAGGAAAUUAUGGGUAAAGGGAAGACGGAGGAAGGACGCAUGUUUAGUAUCAUGCAUGAGGUUUACCAGGCCCCCGCUCAGAGAUGGGAGAGUAUCUAUGCAAACUAUCAUCCCAGUGGAAUAGCUGCUACGACUUUCAAGGUUAUGGUGGAUGGAAAGGAGAAGUGGGCUAAUCCGUUGGUUGAUGCUAGUAAAGGGUUGCUGCGGACGAGCAAGGGACGGAUGGCUGUCACUGCUGGAGAUGAGAACGAGGUAUAUGGAGAUGAUCCAUAUGUCAACGGAAAUGACAAGAUCUGA